AUGGGAUGCACUCUCUUUCUCUUCCUAAAGAAAAGAAAAAAAACAAACUUCAUCUCUCUUUUCCAUUUAAACUCAAAACAGAGCAAAGCUUUCAAAUUCUUUACAUCCAAUACAAAGAUCAAACAAAACAGUAACAUCAAAAGUGAACAAGGGUUACCAGAAAAAAGGUGCAGCGGUGGUUACAGAUCAUGCGGUGGGAGAUUCUGGCGGCUCACGAUGGUACGAUCUGAGGAGGCUGGGCGACGUACAGGUCGCGUGAAGAUCCGAGAGCCUAUGCAUCGGGCUCGUCUCUGGAUGGUCGGUCUUAUGGGUAUGGGUGCGAAAGAUUUGGGUUGCGAUGAAUCAUAA